AUGGCGAACCGGGCGGCCCAGCUGGUGGGCGCGGUCGAGGCCUUCAUGAAGCGGCCCAGCCGCGGCGGCGCCAAGGCCGCCCACGCGCGCGCCCUCGCCGCCGGCCUCGCCGCCGACACCUUCCUCGUCAACCGCCUCGUCGAGCUCUACUCCCGCGCGGGCCUCCACCGCCUAGCGCUCCUCGCCUUCCGCUCGCUGCCCCGUCCCAACGAGUACUCCUACAACGCCGCGCUCUCCGCGUCGUGCCGCGGGGGGGACCUCGACGCCGCGCGCGCGCUGCUCGGCGGAAUGCCGCGCCGGAACGCCGUGUCGUGGAACACCGUCAUCUCCGCGCUGGCGCGGUCGCCCUCGCCCGGCUGCGCGGGCGAGGCGGUGGAGAUGUACGGCGGGAUGAGGGCGGAGGGGAUCCUGCCCACGCACUUCACGCUCGCCAGCGUGCUCAGCGCGUGCGGCGCCGUGGCCGCGCUCGACGACGGGAGGCGCUGCCACGGGGUGGCGGUGAAGGUCGGCCUCGACGCCAACCAGUUCGUCGAGAACGCGCUCCUGGGCAUGUACACCAAAUGCGGCCGUGUCGGCGACGCGGUGCGGCUGUUCGACGGUAUGGCUCGCCCGAACGAGGUGUCGUUCACGGCGAUGAUGGGAGGGCUAGCGCAGGCCGGCUCCGUCGACGAAGCGCUGAGGCUGUUCGCGAGGAUGUGCAGGAGCGGUGUUCCUGUUGAUCCAGUGUCUGUCUCUAGUGUUCUGGGCGCCUGCGCGCAAGCUUGCUCCAGUGAUUACAGCAGUGCUCGAGCAUUCCGGCUAGGACAGGCCAUUCAUGCAUUGGUUGUCACAAAAGGGUUUGGAUCAGACCAACAUGUGGGGAACUCAUUGAUCGAUAUGUACGCAAAGUGCAUGGAGAUGGAUGAGGCCGUCAAGGUUUUCGAGUCGCUGCCCAACGUCACUGUUGUGUCUUGGAACAUCCUUAUAACUGGAUUUGGUCAAGAGGGUAGCUGUGUGAAGGCAAUGGAGCUGCUUAAGAGGAUGCAAGAGGCUGGCUUUGAGCCCAAUGAGGUCACUUACUGUAAUUUGCUUGCUUCUUGUAUUAAGGCGAGGGAUGUUAUUUCUGCUCGUGCAAUGUUUGAGAAGAUAUCAAGUCCGAGUGUGACCACGUGGAACACACUUUUAUCGGGAUACUGCCAGGAGGAACAGCAUCAAGAUACCAUUGAGUUGUUUAGAAGGAUGCAGCAUCAAAAUGUGCAGCCUGACCGGACAACUUUGGCUGUGAUCCUCAGCUCAUGCUCUAGAUUAGGAAAUUUGGAUCUUGGCAGACAAGUGCAUUCUGCUUCAGUAAGACUCCUGCUCCACAACGACAUAUUUGUUGCUAGUGGUCUGGUUGACAUGUAUUCAAAAUGUGGUCAGAUUGGUAUUGCUAGGAGUAUUUUCAAUAAGAUGACUGAGCGAGAUGUGGUAUGCUGGAAUUCCAUCAUCUCAGGCUUGGCUAUCCAUUCUCUGAAUAAAGAGGCCUUUGAUUUCUUCAAGCAGAUGAGGGAAAAUGGAAUUAUGCCAACAGAAUCCUCAUAUGCUAGUAUGGUAAAUUCAUGUGCCAGAUUGUCUUCCAUACCUCAGGGUAGGCAGAUACAUGCUCAGGUUCUGAAAGAUGGUUAUGAUCAGAAUGUCUAUGUGGGCAGUGCACUUAUUGAUAUGUAUGCUAAAUGUGGUAACAUGGAUGAUGCACACCUUUUCUUUGACUGCAUGAUGAUGAAAAAUAUAGUUGCUUGGAAUGAGAUGAUACAUGGAUAUGCUCAGAAUGGUUUUGGAGACAAAGCAGUUGAGCUGUUUGAGUACAUGCUAACUACAGAGCAGAAGCCAGAUACUGUCACUUUCAUCGCCGUCUUAACAGGAUGUAGUCACUCCGGUCUUGUUGACAAAGCUAUGGCAUUCUUUAAUUCCAUGGAGAACGGCUAUGGAAUUAUACCAUUGGCUGAGCACUACACUUGUCUCAUAGAUGCACUGGGAAGAGCUGGUCGCUUUGUAGAAGUGGAGGCCCUGAUACGUAAAAUGCCAUGCAAAGAUGAUCCUAUAAUUUGGGAAGUUCUACUUGCUGCAUGUGUGGUACACCACAAUGCUGAAUUGGGCAAAUGUGCUGCGGAGCACCUGUUCCGCAUUGAUCCUAAGAAUCCAUCUCCUUAUGUACUUCUGUCAAAUAUAUAUGCGUCCUUGGGCCGACAUAGUGACGCAUCAGCUGUUAGGGCACUGAUGAGUAAUCGUGGAGUUGUCAAAGGUCGUGGAUACAGCUGGAUAGAUCAGAAGGAUGGUGUUCAUGCCUUUAUGGUUGCUGAUGAUCUUGGAACAGAUGGUGGAGAGUUCAUAAUGUUCAGCAACGAAGAGAACAUUUCUGGGACUACAAAAGUACAUCAAGACGAGAUUUGUGUCAGCUGAAACGACAUGUGGGUUUUCUGCUGUUAAAUGCACUGAUAAAUCCGAGCAAAUGGUUGCUGAGUCCAAUCGUGAUUUGGUGAGUGGUGACAUUUGCUUGAGAGCCUUCAGAUCCAUUCUUGUAAUGUGGUCAGUGAGGGCGUCUGGAUGGUCUGCGGCAAGAAUCUGAAAGGCAGGAAUGGUCUACAAUUCCAGAUUAUUGUCAUUCCGCUGCCAAGUGUCGAAUUCUGGGUAGUGGAGAGCUUAUGAAUAUUUUAAAAGUGCAAAGAAAUUCCUGACCCAUCACAUAACAGUAAGCGAAAUGUACCUGGAUGGACCAUUGGAUAAAACACGAUGGCGUUCACACCGACUUUAGUUAGCCUGUAAUACGCUGGUCAGUGCAUUUGUCUUACAGUAAAUGAUGAUGACUGAUUAAGUGAUUAUCAAACCACCUGUACUACGAGCAAAGAUGUUUCUCUUUUCUGUACCUGGUACUCGCUUCAGGUAACGUAUCGUGUGCUGAUCUCUAAAACAAAUGGCUACCUUAUGUGAAAAUUUGAUGCA